UUAAAGAUUAGCACAAGGCGAUGGUGAAACUCUAUUCUUUGCAACAAAUGUUGAAUGCAACCGAGAUCAGCUUAUAGUAAGAGCGCUUAUACACGAGAUACACGAGCAAAAGGGCAUGAAGAUGAGGCUUAAAAAGUAACGAAGCGAGCGUGUUUGUGUGUGUCUUGUGUCUCUCUUUGUGCAGGGGUAAGGUUGUAUAAUGUUGUAGUAGUUCCGCAUUAAUCUCUUCUGCCGGUUUCGAACCAAUCCCAAUCAUCCUUCUUCUAAGUCUCAACUAGUGGCUUCGUCCAUAGUGUGGCACGUGGCGUAGAGAACAGCAAGGGAAAGCUGAUUGUUAUUAACUCAUUCCAUUCCAGACAAUAAUACAUUGCACUACUUUACUAUUUCCAACUAUUUCCGGACUGUUAAUAGAACCGGUAACGCAUAUUGUGAAGAGGAAUGCUAUGCGUUAAUCAGACAUUCCAGAUUGAUUAGUUAUUAGUAAUUACAAGAGCAGGGGGGAUUAUUUGGAAUGGAGGGCAACUGCCUAUACGCAAGGAUAACUGCAUUACGCUGUGAUGGCUUUACACGUAGAUGGCAUGUGGCUUUACAACGGAACAUUCCAAUGGCCGCGAGCCGCAAAGCAUACUGUCCAUUGUGCUGGUCUGAUAUGAUUUGUACUAUAAACCACUUAGAUUGAUAACGCAACACCAGGGCAUUCCAUUCGAUUGUUUCUAUAUCGUGGUUGUUUUGUUUUUUUUUAAAGAAUUGUUACAAAUAAUUUCAUUCCAGUGCCGUUUGGUGCAUUACUAUUAUUAUAACGAUAAUGAUUAUGUUUCCCUCUACUUCUCCAUCAAUCGUAACCUCCUAUAACUGCACUAACACCUGACAACACUUUGAUACCUUGAUUCGUCCAUUAGGCAUGCUAAUACAGUAGAGUGUAAGUGUUUAGCUUCUAAGCAUAGAUAUUUUAAACUUUUGCAUUACAUUAUAAAACAGGGCGUCGCGCCCUACAUUCCAACAAUACAUUCCAUUUUUUUUUGUUAGUUUUAUGAGUCCAGCGUUACACGCCGUGCGUUGAAUGUCGAGCCGUACUUUUUAUAACAAUUUUUUUUAUAGAUAACUAGCUUUAAUAGUAUUUUUUUAUGAACCUUUAACACACUGAUAUCGUGCCUUCCAAGAAGGGGCAGCUCUUCAUCUUCAACCGUGCUUUAAGUCCAUUAUCCUUUGAUCAUUCCUCUACACACUAUGCAAGGGAACGAGCAGUAACAGAACGUUUGGCAGAGAACCGAUACGAGCAGCAAACGGAAAUAAGCCACACUCUGCAUCUGGGCGCUAUCGAGCACAUUUGACACGCACGCACAAUUUAAUUGAACAUUUGGUUGGUAACACUGUCGAGUCAGAACUUCAGUCAGCGGCCGAGGAAAGGGGUAGCCAGAUAAUGGAACGAGGCAAUAGCAGUGGGCCUUAUACGUAGCUAAAUUGGUAAAGGCGCGGCGCUCGUCAGAAACGGAAGCCCUAUGAUUAAUGUGUGUGUGUUUGUGUGUUUGGUGUAUUGACUUGCAAAGACAACACAAAUAAUAUAUACCUAUAUAUAUAUCUUUUCAUAUACAUAUAUUAGUUUAAGGACGUUCAUCGACAAUAAUAUAAGCGAUUUAUUUUUUUUCUGGUAA